AUGUCGAAACGAGAUAUUGUUAAUAUUUAUCGAGAUCAAAACAUAAGCAAAUCGACAAUUUAUCGCACAAUCAGAGAAUGUGAAGAAGGGAUACCAUGUGUUAACUUGCGUAAAAGUGGCCGACCGCGGAUUUUGAACCAUAUAAGAGAUGCAAGACUGAUUGAAGCAGCUAAGAACAAAAUUGGGGUCUCACAGCGAAAACUGGCCAGAAGAUUUCAUGUUGGAAAGACUACAGUAUACAGGACCCUAUCGAGUAACAAUAUUAUCUACCGGACAAGAAGGAAAGCUCCAAAAUACACAGAGGAUCAAUUAGAGAGAAUUCCGAGAUGUUGCCGCGCGUUAAGGCGAGUGAAUUUCGUCAACAAGUUGAUCGUGAUGGACGAUGAAAAAUAUUUUACUUUGUCCAACUCUGAGAUGAAGGGUAACGAUGGGUUUUACACGAACGAUUACGAAAAUGUACCUGAUGAAAUAAAAUUCAAAAGUAAGAAAAAAUUUGAGGACAAAAUUUUGGUUGUUCGAGGCGAAGCCUUAAACGCAGAUAUUUAUAUUCAAAGAUGUCUCUCUAAAUUGCUUCAGUUUGUGAACACACAUCAUGCAAAUGAUCAAAUAGUCUUUUGGCCAGAUCUUGCUUCAUGUCAUUACGCGAGGAUCACAAGGGACUGGUACGAAACUAACAACAUUACCUUUGUACCGAAAGCAGACAAUCCCCCCAACCUACCUCAGGCUCGUCCAAUUGAAGAGUUCUGGGCAAUAUUAAGUCGGAAAGUCUAUAAUAACGGAUGGGAAGCACAAAAUCAGGAACAGUUAAGACGCCGCAUAUAUACAAAAAUUAGAGAAAUUGACGCCGAGGUCGUCCAAAGGAUGAUGCAACGUGUCAGGGGAAUUAUUAGGCAAAUCGAAAAUAAUGAUCCCUUGUCUGUCAUUUGCAUUUUGAUUUAUAAUAAGGAUAGUUAA